UUAACUAGUGCAUGACGGCUUCAUCUCAGCUUCAGCUAAAGAGCAAACCGACAUCAGCUGAGUUUGCAUUAAGUACCAUCCUUGUAGCUAAAAUACAGGAAUUUAUCAUAACGUAAAAUUCAAGAUUAGCAUUUAACAAAGCUGUUAAACUAAUGAGAUAACUGUCAGGUAUCGUAAAUACAGAAACAAGACAGAGGGAAAGGAGACAUAACACAUCAAACCCGGCUAACAAAGAGGUCCUUUUUUCAACGACAACAUUUUUCCUCCAUAUUCUAUAGUUAUGAGUCACGUGGCCGUCGAGAAUGUCCACGGUCUAGAGCAGCAGCUCGCUGUCCUAGACUUGAGUGCAGCAGACGGACAAGGUGGAGGCCCUAACCGAAAUGCCUUUGCUGCUGGUCGACAGGGUGGCUACACCAUAGCACCCGCAGCCAACUACGGUUGGGACGGGGGGCGCAACAACUUUGUCAACGGCUACCACGAUAACCGCAUAGCCGCCGGCAACUCGUUUAACCGCGGCCCGCCGCCUCGCAUGGAUCGGGGCCGGGGCGGCGUCGGAGGGGGGUACCGUGGGAACAGGGGCGGAGCCUUCAACCCCAUCAACCCCAUCAACCCAGCACAGCCCAUGGCUUUUGGUGGCUACGAAAAUAAAGAUGCUGGCGGCUGGAACACUGCCAAAGACGCCUAUAACAGUUUUGGCAACAACCGUGGGAAGUCUGCCUUCUUCAAUGACAGAGGCAACGCUAACAGAGGGAGGUUUGAGCACGGUGGAUUCGGUGGUGGUGGAGGAGGAGGAGGAGGAGGAGGAGGAGGAGGAGGAGGAGGAGGAGGAAACAGCCGCUGGGUGGAGGAGUCCAGGGAGGAGGGAGACUGGUCCAAACCAGUACCACGUAACGAACGCCUUGAAAAUGAAUUGUUCGCCGGCAGUAACACUGGGAUUAACUUUGAGAAGUACGAUGACAUUCCUGUUGAGGCCACAGGACAGAACUGCCCUCAACACAUCAACAGCUUCCAAGAUGUGGACAUGGGGGAGAUUGUCAUGGGUAACAUUGCUCUGAGUCGCUACACCAGACCGACCCCUGUCCAGAAAUAUGCCAUUCCUAUUGUCAAGGCAAAGCGAGACCUCAUGGCCUGCGCACAGACAGGUUCUGGGAAGACUGCAGCGUUCCUGCUGCCGAUUCUCAGCCAGAUUUACAACGAUGGACCAGGAGAAGCUCUCAACGCAGCUAAAGCAUCUGGACAGGACAAUGGAAAGUAUGGCCGUCGUAAGCACUACCCCAUCUCACUGGUGUUGGCUCCAACCAGAGAGCUGGCGCUGCAGAUAUAUGACGAAGCCAGGAAGUUUUCCUACCGCUCCAGAGUGCGUCCCUGCGUGGUGUAUGGAGGAGCCGACAUUGGCCAGCAGAUAAGGGAUCUGGAGAGAGGAUGCCACCUGCUGGUGGCCACACCUGGAAGACUGGUGGACAUGAUGGAGAGGGGCAAGAUUGGACUGGACUACUGCAACUACCUGGUCCUGGAUGAGGCAGAUCGUAUGUUGGACAUGGGAUUCGAACCCCAGAUAAGACGCAUCGUUGAACAGGACACCAUGCCGCACAAAGGCAUCCGACAAACCAUGAUGUUCAGCGCAACCUUUCCGAAAGAGAUCCAGAUCCUGGCCAGGGAUUUCCUGGAGGAGUACAUCUUCCUGGCGGUGGGCCGAGUGGGUUCCACCUCAGAGAACAUCACUCAGAAAGUUGUGUGGGUGGAGGAGAGCGACAAGAGGUCCUUCCUCCUGGACCUGCUCAGUGCUACAGUCAUCCCCAGCGAGGUACAGGACAAUACUGGAGACAACAUAGAGAAACCUGGGAAGGACUCGUUGACCCUGGUAUUCGUGGAGACCAAGAAAGGCGCCGACGCCUUGGAGGACUUCCUGUACCGGGAGGGCUACGCCUGCACCAGCAUCCACGGCGACCGCUCACAGAGAGACCGAGAGGAGGCCCUGAGCCAGUUCAGAUCAGGAAAAUGCCCCAUUCUGGUGGCCACGGCGGUGGCAGCUCGCGGUCUGGACAUCUCCAAUGUGAAACAUGUGAUUAACUUUGACCUGCCCAGUGACAUAGAGGAGUAUGUCCACCGCAUUGGACGUACAGGCCGAGUCGGAAACCUGGGACUGGCCACAUCGUUCUUCAACGAUAAAAACGGGAAUAUCACUAAAGACCUGCUGGACAUCCUGGUAGAGGCCAAACAGGAAGUUCCCUCAUGGCUCGAGAGCCUGGCCUAUGAACACCAGCAUAAGAGCACCAACAGAGGACGCUCUAAGAGGUUCUCCGGUGGUUUCGGAGCACGUGAUUAUCGUCAAACGGCCGCCGGAGGCACCGCCGGAGGGUUCGGAGGACGUGGAGGCCGCAACCAGGCAGCACACGGAGGAACCCGCGGGUUUGGAGGAGGUAGUUUCGGUAACUUCUACACCAGCGACGGCUACGGAGGAAACUACUCGCACUCUCAAGUUGACUGGUGGGGCAACUAGGUUCCUCCCUCCUCCCUUUACUCAUCCCUCUCUCUUCUCACUCAUCCUCCUUCCUUUCUCCACACUGUUGUCUGCACCCCAUCCACCUUCUCCCCUUCAUUAACACCGAGAACCCACGUGCAUGUUAUUAACUAUUUAUACUCAUUUAUAUAGCCCUCUUUCCAUCCCUAUGCACUCAGAUCUUUUAAUUCUAUUCCUUUUCUCGUUCUCUCCACCUUCGUCUUUACGUCCCCCAUCUUUUCUUCUUAAUUUCUGGUAAAUGUCACCUCUUCCAAUAGGCCACAUUAUAAAGGGAUACUUCAGUUUUAGUUGGUUACUUUUCAACACUAGCAUCAUCCUUUAGUGUCAGUGAGGACAUGUUGAACUAUCCUUUGUGGCAAGUGCUUGAAGAAAAAUAACCAAUUGACUUAAAGAUCUAGGUGUUACUUUAACCCCCUAAGAUUAUGGACAUUUAAUAUUUACAGUGAGUUAGUCCUACAAAACGAUGUAGAAGAGCAGGGGGAAAUCUGUUUUUUUUUGGGGGGUUUUCCACUUUAGAUAUGAGUUUUGGCUUCAUUGUGUUUUUGUCUGCAUUCACCCAAAGCCAGCCAGGCGUCCUGUGUACCUUCACAUGUCAUCUUUGUAUGUAAUGCAUGGCCAUGUUGUAAAUCGCCGGCCAAAAACUUUUCUAAAAUAGAGCGCAGAGAUAGGCAAGAUGUCAAAUCUGAGCAAGAUAUGUCUGCAUACAAAUUCCAAAACGGGAGCUGGCUGAAGGCUCCUUCAUUCACAUGAUAGAUACUGAAAAGCAGCCACAGAAAAUGUUUUAGUUAUUUUUCACCUUUUUUUUUUUUAAACAUGAUGAAGUCUUGAUUUCCCGAGAUCUGAGAAAGAUGUCUCGGAGGGACAAGGGGCUGGACAAACUGAGACACCCAGCCGGUGGGACGCCAGCAGACGCUGUCGCCCCGAUUAGCAACGAUGCUAGCAAACAGCAUUUUCUUUGUUUGAAACAAAACAUAAUGGAGGAUCAUUUGUUUCUGUACUGUGCCUUUAAGAAUUUGAACUUUGUCUCUUAUUUCCGUUGUUUUAAUUGCCAUAAUAGGUGAGUGGCUACAGGUAUUAGCCAACUGUGACUAAAACGAUAUGUAUUUAAUGUCAUGUAUGGGUUUAAACAUGUUUUUCUUUAUUUAUAUUUGGAAGGAAACAAACUAGGCUUGAACUAAAUCAAACCUUGGCAAAAAAAACAAACUAAACACAAACCGGGAUGAGGAAACUCAAAACGAUUCCUUGUCUGUCUAUUGGAGUUCAAAUUCGUCAGGUCUCUGAUGAGCUGAUUCCCAAAAGCAAAGCACCACUGUCACCAUAUUUCUAGAUUCUUCCGAUAAACCCUCAUCCAGAGCGACUAACGAGACAUUUGUCUUGUGACUUCUUUGCUUUACGAUGCGGCGAGCAGAGGAAGCAACAGUGGUUUUCUGCUUUUGGGAAACCGAGUCCUACUUAUUGACCUAUAUGUCACAUCUGCAGCUCUGGUUUGAGCUUGAGUUUGAGGUUUCUCAAAGGCAUCUUGUCGCUAAUCGUUGGGUCACGUUGCGUCAGCUACAGGGAAGGAAGUUGGCCUCGUUGUGCAGCAGCAGUUAUGUUAUGUUCUCUCACCCUUCAGACGUGUGGUUGUGAAAUAGAGAUUCGCUCCUCAUAGUGUCAGAAAGAAUUCAUUUUUACCUUUACAAUAACUGGUAAAAACCCAUCUCUCUGUCACUUUUUACAUGUGGCAGAAGUCUUCUGUAGACGUUAUCUAUCCUAUGAAAUACCACACGGCUGCUGCUGAAAACAACCGCUGUUAAAUAUAACCGUGUGGCUGCUCAGCUGGCUCUUUAGCGCCGCCAUGCUUUUGGGAAACGGGCUCCGCUUCCACCACAAAACAUUGAAAACCCUUGUUUGCCAAAAAAAAGCUUCUUUCAAGGGGAUACACGACUAAAAAGGCUGAAAAAGAGUUCAAAAAAUGUCUCGCUCACUCUAUCCUGGAGAGUUACAUGAAGAGUCUUCUCUAAAAUAAGUCAUUCCAGUUUAUUAGUUAGGUCCUUAAGAUCUGUUGAUAAAAGUAAUCUAGCCUGACCCGUUUCACAGCACAGACGCCUCCACCGCACGUUUCAGCCACGUCCUGUCUCAGCUGAUGCGAGUAAAAGACACCGAGCACAGGAGGACACAGGACGGGUGAACAUGCUGCUGGUUAGCUCCACUCUGCUGUUGAAACAGACAUCCAUGUUUCAUCCCGGAUUGAACUCUUUAAAAAGGAACGCCACUGUAUAUCUGAAUGGCUCGGUGGUAGAGGUCCAAUCCCCCCCCACUGUGUUAAUGAGCAGCAGAAUAAACCAAAAAGUGCUCUGCUGCUUACCUGGUGGGGAAAAUAGUUAAUUUCCAUCAGGGUCUAAAUUAGUUUUUGUUUUUUUACAUGAAUAACUCUGAAGUGAAAAUAUAGAUUAAAUGUAAAUAGUUAAACUCUUCUUAAAACAGACAAAGAGAAGAAUCUCCAGUGAGAAAGAAUGUGAAUUACAAGUGAAACGGCGCUUGUUGUGUAGAAAAUCACGUUGGAUCACUCGACGUUUGACCAGGCAGUGUCUGGUGACCUCAGCUCAGUGGGCAAUUUGAACCGAAUUAUUCUUUAAGAGAUAUUAUUUACACAAAUCUAAACCGAUAAUGGGAAUUGAGUCACCAGUUACCGAGGCAGAUUCCCUCAAAUUGCCCACUGGCUUUGACAAAUGACAAGGCCGGUCCAAGACUAUAAAACAUAUGCAAGUGUUGUUGUUUUUUGGUCAAGGAGUUAAACAUGCCAAGCAAAUAGAUACAAUUCUACAGCAGGCUUUAGUUAUGUUACAACUCUGAUUUUUCCCGUCAUCUAUGAUUUCUUUUUUUAAUAAGAGGCAGCGUUCAGGUCGAGAAACUAGCUGGCUUUUCCGUAAUGUUUUGAAGAGCUUCAGGCUGAGUGAUGCUGGAGGACUCGAGCAGACAGUGCUUUACUAUCUCUCUCUCUAAACCUGGUUCACCUUCAUAGGAGGAGGGGCCACUUUCACUUCCAGUUGUCAUACGAUGCAAUGUUAGAAGCAAGAAACUCCACCGUGUCCGACUGCUCCCAGAAAACAAACCACCGCUACGUGUGGCUCAACCGUCGCGUGUCGUCGCUAUUGCUCAACUUGCAGUCAAAGUCAGGCUGAAGCGAUUGAAGACCAGGACUGUGUCCCACGAGAUGGUGGAUAGAAAUCAGCAACAGGACAAUAAGUUGAAGAUAACAUUGCAUAUGACAAUCAAAUAUGAAGGAUUUGCUUAGUUUACAACUCAACACAUCAACAUAACUCCUAAAGUUACACUUUUUUUUAAAACCUUAACAUGUAGACGUUUUCUUAAUCGGCCGUGUUGAUGGCAGCUGUUUCUUAACUGUCCAGUUUUAAACCUCCGAGACGGAGGAGACGGAUCUCCACAGGCAGACGAAUGCCAAGCGGAAGCUCCGAUUUUGGGACAAAACUCAGAGUCCACCUUUAGAUAUUGACUGAAUAACACAGUUUUAAUGCCUGACUGAAUCGUCGUAUGAGAGGAGGCGUUGUCAGCAUUUGUUACUUGAAUCCACGGCUGUUGCCGGCCAGAAGCAGUCUCUUGUGUUUUAGUGAUAAUGCUAAGUAUGCUGUUCUCGCUGCCUAAAUUCGAAGGCGUACUUUAUUUAUUUUUUUUUUUAGGAAGGACAGUGAGAGUCAAAGCCGCUUGAAUGAAUCUGGUUGUAGAUGUUGCGGUGCCUUCUAGCAGCCACUACAUGUAGAGUAACGGAGGACAAAUGAAGGAGCGACUGAUGGAGGUGUGAGGAAUGGCUGCUUGUUAGUUGCUGAUGGGAGUUCGUGAGUUACACAGAAGGGAGACGUGGAAGGUAACGCUCCAGUUUACCUCACCUCUUCGUCUUCUUUGUAGAGCAAACUUGUCGAGUAGUGUUGUUCAGAGUACGCACAUAUAUAUGCAAUGUAUUUAAGUCUUUUUCUAAGGCAGAUGGAUCAUAUCUGUGCUGUGAUUACCAUUGAACUGUGUUUUGAGCAACACGUAUCUACCACUGUGCCCCCCCCCCCCCCCCCCCCCCAAAUCCCACCGCUCCUGCAGUACGUGCAAUAGAUCAAUUACUUUGCUAUCAACGAGAUUCCCUGCGUGACUUUUUGUUCGGGCCGUUGGGAUUAGAGCAGAAUCACAGCCCCAAAGUGUGACGUGUGCACGGUGCCUUGAAGUGACUGAAUCACUGGUUGACUUGAGAGUGGAAGGUGUUGGUCAGGGCUGGGUAUUAUAGCACAUGAACCAUUUCAUCGCUUCAGGCGUCGUGCAGAAGUUAGCAUGCUGACGUCAGCAUUUAGCUGUGCCGUGUACAGUCUGUAGUCUUUUAAGUUUAUCGUCACCUUCUGCAGCAAAUGAGCUCACAUGCAACAUUUGUUUUGGACCACCAGCUUCACGAGGCUCAGUUUAUUUACUCAUUUAGAAAUUCAGCACUUUUUUUUUUGGCUUUUUAAUAUUUUUAAACCCUUUUUUGAUGCCUUAAGUUGGAGGGUGAUACCCAGCCCUGAUGGAGAUGGUCGUUGGUUACACUGCUUACAGCAUGACCGUGGCGGUAACUGGCUCUCCAGCAGGAGUGCUCUGAUUGUCGGUGAACAAUUACUGGUGCUAUACUCCCAUUGCUGCGGCCUGCAGGCCCCUCUGUCGUACGAAUCCCAUCGAGUUUUACAGAUAGAAUAGUUCGGUUGCUUAGUUUGAUGUUCAACUAAAGUCUUCUGCAGUACGAGUACUUCAAAAACCUCAGAGAGGUGUGAAGGAGUGAGUGAAGUGUAGCGCAGCCAGGUCAAAAA